AUGAAUAACCAAGGAGUUACCUAUGCAGAACUCAAUCAGGUUAAGGGCUCAAAAAGACAUCAAAUGAAAGCUAAGGGCACUAAAAGUUCCAUUUCAGUAACUGAACAGGAAAUAACCUAUGCAGAAUUAAAUCUUCAAAAUGCUUCUCAGGAUCUUCAAGGGAAGGACAAAAACUCUCACUGUAAAGGGAAGCUCAUUGCUGGGAUCCUGGGAAUCAUCUGCCUUGUCUUGAUGUCCACUGUGGUCACAAUAGCUGUUAUUCCCUUUACUGAAGGACUGGAGCAGAACCAAACGUCCCUGGAAACAAGGAUCCCAAAAGUUUAUCACUGUGGCCAUUGUCCAAAAGAGUGGUUUACAUACUCCAACAAUUGCUAUAACAUUAACACUGAAAGAAAAUCAUGGAAUGAGAGUUUGACGUCCUGUGCUUCUAACAACUCUAACCGGCUCUAUGUAGAUAAAGAGGACAUGGUAAGAUUUCAAAUGUUUCCAGUCCUUGUCAUAUUUUGGAUAUGA